UCCUCUCUGCCCACCCAACCUCGCGUGCGUCGGUAUGGUUCUGGUUAUGAUGUAAGAGGGGUGUACUGGUGCAACCCUCUCGGCCUCCACCAAUGGAAAUAUGGGCUGGGCUCGACACCCAUCUUUUGGAGUCUUGCUAUAAAAUGCACCAAUCAGGUCCUCCCCUUCUAUUCAUUGACUUCGACCAUCGUUCUCUCCUUUAGGUGCUGUUUCAAAUACUUGACAGUCGAGUCAUCAUGAGCGCCAGGAAUGACAGCAAGUCUUACAUGGUUCAGAUGAAUGGGAAUGGAGUCCACAACAACAACAGCAAGCAGCUGAAUGGAAGUGGGCUCAACGGGAAGGCCGUCCACCACGUCAGCAUCCAUGGAAGUCUUUAUCCAGUCAAGUCCAAGAGCCGCAGAGAGCGAUGGGAAGUGAAGCCAUCCGUCAUGGCCAACAACACCUUCAAUCCCAUACGAGCAAUCGUGGAUGGAAUGAAACUCUCCCCGAAUCCCGAUAAACCCAUGAUCGCGCUUUCUAUAGGGGAUCCGACGGUCUUUGGAAACCUUCCUACAGACGACGCAGUGCUAAAAGCCAUGAAAGACGCGAUCGAUUUGCAACAAUACAACGGCUACGCUCCUUCUGUCGGAUACUUAAAGAGCAGACAAGCUGUGGCCAACUUUUAUAGCUGCCCUGAAGCUCCCCUGGAGGCAGAGGAUGUCAUUUUGACCAGUGGCUGUAGUCAGGCCAUUGACCUGGCUAUCAGUGUCCUGUGUAACCCCGGAGACAACAUCGUGGUUCCAUGUCCAGGCUUCUCUUUAUAUAAGACCUUGGCCGUUUCCCUGGGCAUCGAGGUCAGACUGUACAACCUGCUGCCAGAGAAGUCAUGGGAGGUGGACCUGCAACACUUGGAGAGCCUGAUGGAUGACAGGACAUCCUGUCUGAUUGUCACAAAUCCGUCCAACCCGUGUGGCUCUGUCUUUACUAAAGACCACAUACAGAAGAUCCUCACAGUGGCCUCCAGAAACCGUGUGCCGAUCCUGGCAGAUGAAAUCUACAGCAACAUGGUUUUCCCGGGUUGUGAUUGUCCUUCCCUGCCGUCCCUCAGCAGCGAUGUUCCCAUUAUUUCUUGUGGCGGCUUGGCUAAACGCUGGCUUGUCCCCGGUUGGAGGUUGGGAUGGGUCCUCAUCCACGACAGGAACAACAUCUUUGGGCCUGAGAUUCGACAAGGCCUGGUCAAACUGAGCCAACGUAUUCUCGGAGCCUGUACCAUUGUCCAGGGUGCCCUGGAAGGAAUCCUCAACAACACACGUCAACGCUUCUACGACGACACUGUUCGAUUCCUCAAGUCCAACGCUGAGAUUUGUUUUAACGAGUUGUCCACAGUGCCGGGAUUGAACCCCAUCAUGCCCUCAGGAGCCAUGUACUUGAUGGUUGGGAUCGACAUGGAUCGCUUCCCAGAUUUCCACAAUGACGUGGACUUCACUGAACAGAUGGUGACCGAGCAGUCCGUUUUCUGUCUUCCCGCCACGGCGUUUGAAUAUCCCAACUUCUUCCGCAUCGUGGUGACCGUGCCGGAGCAGAUGAUGGUGGAAGCGUGCAGUCGGAUCAGGGAGUUUUGCCAGCGCCACUAUCGGCCCGGCAGCCGUAACAGUAACGACCUGGACCAAUGAUGCAGCAGUGCCAUGCCAUGGAAAUGUAUCCCACAUACUGAGCAGGAAUCAAAGUUUGACCAGCAUUUGACUUUCAAAAGUUAUCGUACAGACCUCUUGUUAUCGUACUUGUUUGCAGCUUUUCCAGUUUUCCACUGAGGGUGUAAUUUGUCUUUUAAAUGGCUAAACCCUAUAUGUAUAUAACGUAUCCGAGUAUGCGCCUUAUAUUUUAUAACCUUGUCUUUUGUAUAUUUAUCUAAUUGUUGUACUUCUUUCAUAUAACCACGUCUUCCAUAAGUUUAGGAUCGCAGACCAUCCGUACUUACUGUGCUUUCUUGCGGGUCGCUACAAUGGCUGUGUCUCAAGUGGCGCACUUGCGUACUUUCCCCCUUUUGAGUGCGUAAGUGCAUUCACACUGAGAAGUGCACCAGGAUGAUGCACUCAGAACACUCACAAUGCUGAGUGUACAUUGAUGCACACUUAUCCCCCUCAGGGGACACCAUCUUGGCAAUGUCGGGAAGGGGAGGAAGGGGAGGGAUGAACUUGAGUGGUUGCAAAUUCACCAAAAAAGAAGGGGAAGUAUUCCAUUUAAGACACAGCCAGUGGGUGUGUAUCAUUGAGCAGGUGUAUAUGCAUCGAGCUUCACAAUCAGUGCAAGCGAUUACAUCAUUGAAUCUUUUUCUAAAACACAUCUUACUGAUCCUCUUUAUACUUUCGGCUAGAAAAUGUCUCCAGAAAGACUGCCUUGUUUUUUUUUUUUUUUUUUUUUUUUACAUGAAUAAAAUGAUCAUUCCCA